AUGUCGCAGCAAGCUUCGCUCCAGUCCUUUUUUACCCAGUCUUCCCAGCAAGGGACAGCCCCCUCGCAGAACAAGAACACCCAGGUUCCCGACCCAACCUCAUCUGGAGCCCAGGAACAGGAAUUUUCCUCGACCUUUGCAACAGAAUCCGACUACAACGACCCCUACCAACCGAGAGUGGACUACCUCUACCCGAGCAUUGUCCCCCAGGACACUCACACCCAGACGGACCUGAACUAUAUCACCUGGGCUAUUAGACAUACCACCAGCCGGAUCUGCCCGCCCUCCGACAGGAUUGAAAUCCUCGAAGAGCAAACAACUACACUCCGGAGAACAGUGGAUACACUGAAACAUCAGAUCGAGGCGCAGACAAACAUGAUCACCAAUAUGCAUUCGGCGAUCCACGCGCUCCUCAAUAAACAACCACAACCGCAGCAACCGCAGCAACCGCAACAGCACGGUCCCACAAACACCCCACCUCGUGGAUGGAAGGCAGGCACCUGGGCCGCCGUGGCCUCGGCACCCGGUCCCGCUCAAGGAAACUUCCAGGUCAUCGAGAGGAAAAAGAAGUCUGCAAAGCCAAAAGCGGACCCCCUCUUCAAACCAGAGUACACCAAAAUCAACAGAGAAAUCAUUGUUGAAACCACAGCCCCAUCCGAUGUCAACCCCUCCGAAAUCAGGACCCUAGUCAAUGCAAGAAUUCAGGACGAAUCCUGCCAUUUCAUCUCGGCAAGAAGAACACCCAAGGACAACUUCAUCCUGGAAACAAAAUUCAUUACCCCGGCAACAAAGGCAAUGGAAUAUGCCAAAGAAAUUGAGGAGGCUCUCCUCACCCUACAGGUACCGGUCGCCGUCAUCCGUGCAAACUCCAAAUGGUCAAAGUUCCUCCUCCAUGGAAUCCCCACAACGGUCGGGGAAGGCAUCGAGGCGGGGCAAUUGGUAGCAUCAGAAAUCAGAAGCAACUACGCAGAGAACUUCCAACUUGCCCAGGUUCCCCGCUGGAUCUCCAGAGCAGAAACUCGAAUGGAGAAAACCCACUCAUCAAUGGUCAUCGCGCUCCCAGGACAAAUUACGAUGGAAACACUAGGAGUCAAAUUUCUAUCUCUCUUUAACCGAAGCUGCCAUAUCGAGGCCUUCCUUCCAACCUUCCCGGACACCCAGUGUGCGAAGUGCCUCGAAUACGGCCACCGCCAAGAGAAAUGUAAGAACAAUGGGAAAUGCGGCCACUGCGCCGGAGACCACCUCACCAGUUUCCACCCAUGUAAUGAAUGCCAGAGAGGAUACAGAUGCACCCACACCCCUAUCAGAUGCCUGAACUGUAAAGGAGCUCAUAAGGCCUCUGACCCAGUAUGCCCCGAGAGGGCCAAACGCCGUUUCCUCAACAAAGGGAAGGAAAAUGCCCCACCCGCUCAAGACCCACCGGCCGCACCCGUUCAAGAGCCCCGAACCACCGCGCUUGCACACCAACUCAAUUGUGCACGGAGCCAACUUAUUACCAAGGCGGCGGUAGAAGAAGCGGAAACGGACUCUAGUAUUUAUUUCCUAUUAUUACAAGAACCAUGGACCUCAGCAGAGGGAUACCCACCAGAAUCAAAUCUUUUUUAUAUUUUCACAGCCAGCAAUAACAACACAAAAUGUGCAACAUACGUCCGCAAACAUGCCAACCUCAAACCAAAACACCACUAUACAUACGAUAAUUUUAUAGUAUCGAUCACGGUGGAAAUCCAGAACAAGAAAACCCAAAUCCUAAACAUAUACUCCCCAGGCCGGAGUGGCCCCUUCGCACAAGUCGCAAGUACAAUCCAAACCCUUGACAAUUGUCUAGUUAUGGGAGACUUCAACUGCCACCAUCAAAUGUGGUACGGAAAACUGACCCUCCUGAACGAACCAGGCGUCUUUACGCAUUUCCCCAGAGACAGAGGGAAAAGGCCCACAAUCAUCGACCUUACAUUUGUAAAAGGCCCAACACUUGACCACAACCUACGAUGGAGCACUGAACCCUACGGAGCGGGCUCAGACCAUGGGAGAACCUCUGUCCAUUUACACUUGGAAAAACCACCAUUUGUACCAAGACGAAUGUGGCGACAAAUAGACUGGAAGCUAUUGGAUAACCAAAUAUCAAAUCUUUCCCUCCCUGCAGAGGCAUGGGAAACCAAGGAACAUACGGAACAAACGGUCGAAUUCUUCCUAGAACUGGUUAAGUCAACAAUCAAUAUAGUAACGCCACUCUCGAAGGAAGGGGGUAAACCCGGCAGAAAGGAAGGCGAGAAAUACAAGGAAACUCAACCACGUGGAGGAGCACCGGAAGGCAUGCAGAGAAUGGACAGUCAUGAUCCGGAACGAAAAGCGGACCAGCGGGAAAAGACGAUGAACGAAGCGAAAGGUAGUGAGGUCUGGAGAAUCCAAAAUGUAGGAAGGAGGAGAGACACAAUCAUACCAACCAUACAAGGUGAAGAAACGUUUGCGGGGAAAUGCCAAGCUCUAAGAGCCCAACUCUUCCCCACAAAAUGGACGUCCCCCGACCACCCCCCCCUAAAUAUUAGACCCCCCUCUUUUGACCUUCGUGAUACUUUCAACAUAGUCACCCCCGAGGAACUCAAGAAAGCAAUUGACUCCUGCCCAGUGCACUCAGCGACCGGCCCGGAUGGCAUUCCCUAUACCUUUAUCAAAGCAAUAAUCAAAGCAAACACAACUCUGAUCCUAGACAUGUUCUCCGCCAUGCUUCGGCACGGAGUACAUCCAGCGGAAUGGAAAAUAGCAAAAUGCAUCCCGAUCCCGAAACCCGGCAAAGCAAACUAUCACGAAGCAAAAGCCUACCGGCCCAUCUCCCUUCUACAAUGCUUCAGCAAAAUCCUGGAGAAAAUAGUGGCUCAAAGACUCUGCACCUCUGGAGAAAUCCUAGGUACACUCACCCCGAAUCAAUUUGGGGGGAGACCAACCAUCUCAGCAAUCGAUGCCCUCCUAAGAACCCUAACACCAAUACAACAAAACCUACUACUGAAAAACAGCACCGGAGUCGCCCGGCGGGACAGACCAGCGAUCCUAACCAAUGAUAUCCAGGGAGCAUUUAACUGUGAAUUCAACACCGGCAGAAAACUACAAUUCCAAUUCAACCAUGAGCUAGAGGAACCACAGCCCUACCAAUCUGGAGUACCGCAAGGCAGCCCCAUGUCCCCGGUACUAUUUAUGAUCUAUGCUGGAGUAAUCCUGGACCCAACAAGCAGCCCGAAAGAGAUGGACACUACAUACAUCGAUGAUGAUGUGCUGGUGCAAAUAUCCAAAACACCAGGCUUCAUAAUCAAAAGAAUGGAGGAACGUAUGAGAGAGAGACUAAUGAAAGCCGAGCCACUCCAAAUCAAAUACGAUCCGGAUAAAUCUGACCUGAUCUUCUUCUGCCCUACCACAUCAUCCAUACAACAACCACGACUUCCAGUCAAAAUCAACAACACCACUACAUACCCCAAGGAGAGGCUGAAAUAUAUAGGAGUCUGGAUAGAUCCGACCCUCUCUUUCCGGCCCCAUAUCGAAGCAGCAAUCGCAAAAGGCCUUAAAGCCCUCCACCCAAUCCGGAACACUGCCCGCAUGCCAGUCAUAACAGUUAAGACAAUCCACCACCUAAUAACACAAGGCUUCCUUCCAAGUCUGCUCUACAGAUCCGAGGCUUGGUGGACUGGCGCAGACCACAUUAUAAGAUCCCACGAACCACUAUACAAUGAAGCUGCCCGGGUCAUCACCGGCCUACCACGAUGGACCAAGAGAGCUAAACUCCUCCGAGAAGCAGGCCUACCCCCCCUAGAACACCUUCUGACAUAUCGUUCAAGAAAGUACGGAACUAGAAUACUCUGCACCAACGCAACCCACCCCAAUAACGAAUCCCUGAUCGAGCUGCUCCCAUACAGAGAGGCAAAUAUCAAAGGGACAGGCCUACACCGAAUCGCCUCCCUCUUACUUCCAUAUCAAACCCCCGGAAACAUGAGAGACAAGUGGAACCAAAACAAACUAUUACGCGACCACCUGUUAGAAGAAUGGAAUACACAACCAAUACCUAACUACCACCAUCGGGGGGAAUUCCCCCCCCCUCCCAAGAUUGCGAAACUUACCCUCAUAGAAGCAAAAAAGAUAUUUCGAAUCCGACGCCAAACCACCCGAAUUGACAAACAUGCAGCACAUACAGACCCCGAACCAUGCCAGUGUGGUAUGGAAAACUCAGCGAAACAUAGACUCAUGGAAUCCCCAGCGUGGGCUCGAAUCCGUGCCCCCCUAAUAGAGAAAAUCCCCGGAGCGAUAACCUGGGAAAACUGGAUGUUUACAAACCUGAAAACGGACCUAACCCUACAAUUUGCAAAGAAAUCUCAACUCUCGAAAUGGUACGAGUCGGUGGAGGCGGAGGCAGACCUGGAAGAGGGGACGGAAGAAAAUGAUUAG